CGGGGAAGGCAAGGCGGGCUGACGUGCUGGGCGCAAGGUGGAGGCGGACACCUGGGCGCCCGCGCGUAGGGGCGGGCGCUAGGACCCGAGUGGCGCACCUGUUGGCUGGCGCCCCGGGCCCCGCCCGCCCUGCGCCCUUAGUGCCCAGCCCGGCGAGGGUGACGGCGGAAGGGACAGUGUGAGCCCAGGGCACCCGCGUGGCGGCGGCGGCGCGCGACCUCGGGCGCACCAUGGCCGAGCUGCUGCGGAGCCUGCAGGAUUCCCAGCUCGUCGCCCGCUUCCAGCGCCGCUGCGGGCUCUUCCCCGCGCCGGAUGAAGGCCCCGGUGAGGACGGCGCGGCGCCCGGGCUCGGGCAUCUCCCGGGGGCCACCGGCAAGGGCCGCGGGGGGCCGGCCCAUGGGCUGCGGAGAGUCACGGCCUCGCAGGCUCAUGUACAGAAGUACAUUGUAAAGAAUUAUUUCUACUAUUACCUAUUCAGAUUUUCAGCCGCCUUGGGUCAAGAAGUGUUCUACAUCACAUUUCUUCCGUUCACUUACUGGAAUGUUGAUUCUUAUGUAUCCAGAAGACUGAUCAUCAUAUGGGUUUUGGUGAUGUAUGUUGGCCAGGUGGCCAAGGACAUCUUGAAGUGGCCGCGGCCAUUCUCGCCUCCUGUUGUAAAACUCGAGAAGAGACUGAUUGCUGAGUAUGGAAUGCCAUCUACCCACGCCAUGGCGGCCACCGCCAUCCCCUUCACCGUCCUCAUCUCCACUGUGGACAGAUACCAGUAUCCCUUUGUUUGGGGCCUAAUCGUGGCUGUGGUGUUUUCCACCUUGGUGUGUCUCAGCAGACUCUACACCGGGAUGCACACGGUCCUGGAUGUGCUGGGUGGCAUCCUGAUCACCAUGAUCCUCAUUGUCCUCACCUACCCUGCCUGGACCCUUAUCGACCACCUGGACUCUGCCAGCCCCCUCUUCCCUGUGUGUGUCAUAGUGGUACCCUUCUUCUUGUGUUACAAUUACCCCGUGUCUGAAUACUAUAGCCCAACCAGAGCAGACACCACCACCAUUCUGGCUGCUGGGGCUGGGGUGAUCAUAGGAUUCUGGAUCAACCAUUUUUUCCAGCUCGUGUCGGAGCCCAUUGAAUCUUUCCCUGUGAUUCAGAACAUCCCACCGCUCACCACCGACAUGUUAGUUUUGGGUCUGACCAAAUUUACUGUGGGAAUUGUGUUGAUCUUCCUGGUUCGUCAACUCGUACAAAAUCUCUCGCUGCAAGUGUUAUACUCAUGGUUCAAGGUGGUCACCAGGAACAAGGAGGCCAGGCGAAGACUGGAGAUCGAAGUACCUUACAAGUUUGUCACCUACACGUCUGUUGGCAUCUGUGCUACAACGUUUGUGCCAAUGCUACACAGGUUUUUGGGAUUACUCUGAGCCUCAGACAGUUGGAAAUUAGCCCACUGGACAUGAGAACCAAGACAUAGGAAAGUUGUUGGGUGGGCAAGUCUUGAUGACAAAUUUUUCUUUAAAAAGGAAAAACUUCUUAACUCACCUGUCUGUUUUGCUGAUAUCUGUGAUAAAUGCUACUGCUGUAUGAAAGGAAAAAUUUUCUCACAUGGACCAUUCGUCUGUAAGGGUCUUGCUGCAGUUGAAGCCAGGCUAAAACCCACAGUCAAGUUCUUUAAGGGUUCCCCACCCUGUCUGAUACAUGGACUUUGGGGCUCGUCAUGGGCUGGCAGGAACUGUGGCUUGGCUUAGGAAUGGCCACAAGGCCCACUGGAUCCUAGAGGGCCGACAGAGAUGGGAAGGACCUGGGAGACUAGAGGUUGAACAUUUCCUUCCACUUAUGCCCGUGCCCAGCACUGAGUCUCACUUCCGAAAUUGGAACUUUGAUGCAGGAGAAAGGGUGGCAGCACGUAAAACCACAUUCCUUGGACAGGAUGACUUUGUCAUAAUGAUCAAAUGAGACUGUGCCUGCUUGGGUGGGCAGAGCACUGGAAAGCUUACUGUGAAGCAGUGUAGGCCAUGGCAAAGCUGCAAGGUCAUGGGGAAGAGUCUGCUUUCCUUGUGACUCCCAGUCUCUGCUGGCGGGCGUAUUGAAACAGGGAUCGCUCUUCCUUGUUGUGCAUUUCCCAGGGUCCAGGUACCAUUACUACACUCUUCCAAUCCAUGAAACUGACUGGCUGCUCCCACCUCACCAGGCCGCUGGGCGUUAGUCUUCAUGAAAAGCAGGUACCUCUGGGCUUCUCUGAGUGUCCUGCUCUCUCCUGCUGCUUCAGAGUGAGUUGGGACAAGUCCUCUGCCCCAUCUUCAGCUUUUCUAUGCUUCCUUCCAAACUGGAGAGGCACUGUCGUCUGCCUGCGAAAGUGAGUCAAUGGAAGAACGAAUGAACUUGAUCCUUGCUGGGUCCUGACAAGGAGGGGAGGGGCCUCCUGGACAUUUGCUGAUCCUGACGACGCCCCCCUGACAAGGCUCCUCCAUUUCUCAGUUACUUUCUGGAAACCUAUUUUCUCAUCUACUACACAGAAUCAGGGGUUCCCCUUCUGUCUCCCCACCUAUGAUCUCUUGGCAAUUUUAAGGAUAAUUAAUGCAAGAAUAAUGUCAGCCUCUCUUAGGAAAGCAAGCUAACCAAACACGGCACCCUUUGGACCUCAGGCCUGUCCUCAAUAGACUUAGGGAGGUGAUCACUGUGCAAACCCCAGAAGGUUCCCUCACAGGGCUCCUCUUCAGUUCUUAAGAAUAAGGAACAAGUAUGAACAAUUUCUUAAAAGUUAGUGUAAACACGUGGUUAACAAACGAUCUCUUGCGGCAGAGUGCCUGAACCACUACAGCCAGUGUGUAAUCCUCAUGCAUCACCACCUUGCACGCACACAUUUCGAAAGGAAAUUAGCCUGACUGAAGGUUGGGCUGUUACCUCUGCAUCAGUGUGAACACUGAGAACCCCCAUUUGUCCUGUUUUUGAACAUGUGCCCUGGCCUUCUUGUUGGGAUCACCUUUGGUAUUUGACUUAGUGCUCCAGUUUCUUGAGAAGAAUCAUUUUUAGUAAAACAUCCUGUUUUUCCUUCAAAUUCUUCUCACAUUUUGCAUAGUUAGAAGGCAGGGAUCAAAAUGACCUGCUAUUUGACUAUUUUAACAUCAAACUCUGGCUGGUAUUUGUGGCACCAUGAUGGGGGGACGCGGGCAGAGCCCCAGCUUGUGGGCACUUCCGCUCUAGGCUGGCCCCUCCAAGGCCGUGCAUGAGGAUUUCCCUGUGGCUCGUCCCCCGGCUGCCAAACCAGAGAUCACAGCCUGGCUAAUAUUUACAAAAAAUGAUUUUCAUUGAUUUUUAUGAAUCCAACCAACAAAAGGAUCAGCCUUUUCCACUUGUGUCUUUUGAAAAAGAGGGACCAUAAUGUUCACAGGUGUUGGCAAUUCAUUCAUGUGUGUGUAUGUACAAUUUUUACUGCUGUCGCCUGUUGUUUGAAGUCCCAACCAUAGGAAGUCAGUCAGCUGUAUUGGUGUAUUUAAAGUUGUAUCUACACCAUUUGGAUUGAGGAUGAAUAUAUUAGCUAUAGCACAUUAAUGAAUGACCCAAGGAUGUGUCACGGUUCAUCACUUUUUAAAGUAUCUUAUUUCAGUAACUGGAGAAUAGAAAGUAUAUAUUGGUGAGGCCUCGAAUCAGGCAGAAACUCACUGAAAAGGUCCUUACCUGAUUCACACUCUUGCUUUGCCAGCUCUCUUCAUUCGUUUCUCCCACAGCACUUCACUCUAUGAAACCCUCACCCCGCUCAGUCACGCUUGCCCACGCAUACACCAUACAUGCUCCUUCAAAGUGUAUGCCUUCCCUCUCCUUUUAGACACUGGGAUUUCUCUCUGGCGGAAGACUGCCCCCUGCUGGUGUAGCCCCAGCCUUGGUCCGAAGCCUCUCUCUUGAUCAGGAGUCUUAGAGAUUAGGAAUUUAAAAGUCAAGCUCGCCUUGAUGUAUCCAACAUAAGCCUAGGAUCUGUGAUCUGGCCAACCCUACAUUUGGCAACUGUGACGCCAAAGCCCUCAGGAUUAUUGGCCCCUCCAGGAGCCAGGUAGAAUGGCAUGCCCUUUUCCAGACUCCUCAUCCUGCCGCCUACCCACCAGCACUCUGGGCCAGGGCGUCCAUCCUAUAACCAUCAUUCCAAACAGCUGUCAUUUCAUGCCAGUUUUGCUCAGACUGCACCAUAACAGAAUAUGCAGAAGAAUAAAAACGCAGACGAAGAGACUCUGAACUAAAACCCUUCAAUGGCGGUGGCUGAAACCACUCCACAACAUGCCUGUCAGUCGCACUGUAACAUGGGAUUUUCUCGCCCAAAUGGGCACCUCAUGCUUCCUGAGUAUAAUCAAAGCAUGUGGUGUUUCAGGGCCGUAUGCUCCCGGUUUCUAUUUUGGAAGCUUUCAGCUGUUUUGCUUAUGUACUGUAUGUAAAUUUAUUCUUUUUAAAAUAAAAUCAUUUUUGUUUGAUUAUGACUUCCUAUUAAAUGCUUUAA